AUGAAAAAUGGUUUUCUAGACGAUGAUUUUAGAGGCAAACAUAAGAAACAUAAAUCACUUGAUUCAAAUAUCAAACAGUCGAUACAAAAACACCGAGAACUUUUUCCGACAAUUGAGUCACAUUAUCUCAGAAAGCAGACUACAAGAACUUAUAUUGCUGGAAAUUUAAAUGUAGCAAAAAUGUACAGAAUGUACGUCGAAUAUUGUAAAGAACAAGGUAUGCAAAAAUGGUCUAAUCUCGCUAUGUAUCAACAUAUUUUUAAUUAUAAUUACAAUAUUGGUUUUUUUGUACCAAAAAAAGAUCUAUGUAAUACUUGUGAAUCAUACAAAAACACAGAAAAUAAAAUUGACGAAAUAGAAUUAUUGCAAAAUCUUCAUCUUUCUGAAAAAAAUGCUGUUCGUUUGGAAAAAGAAGAUGAUAAACAAAAAGCAAUCGAUGGUUUUCAGUUUACCGCUUGUUUUGAUUUACAAGCUAUAUUGAUUGCACCUGACGGUGAAGUAUCAAGCUUUUAUUACAAAAGACGGUUAGCAACAUACAACUUUACAGUUUAUAAUAUGAAGAACGGAGAAGGAACGUGUUACGUCUGGAAUGAAACAAUAGCAAACCGGGGUGCAAAUGAAAUUGGUACUUGUUUAUUGGAUUUUAUACGUAGUGAAUUUAAUGGUACUGAAAAUAAUUUAGCAGAUAUAAUAUUUUAUUCUGACAACUGUUCAGGACAAAAUAAAAAUAAAUUUAUUGCAUGUUUAUAUUUAUACGCAUCAUUAGUAUUAAAUAUCAAUACAAUUCGUUACAAGUUUCUAAUCGUGGGCCACACACAAAAUGAAGGAGACUAUGCAUUCAGUAAUAGAACGUCAAAAAAAAUUGGUACUCCGAAGUGGCCCGAUCUAUGUACCGUCUCAAUGGGUAGCAGUCAUUAA